UUCUAAGUCGAGUGACCCGUCUAAACAAUCGCAACUUCGCAACAUACGGUGCGCGAUCCGCGUUCAGGCUCGACGAUUGUCGAGAGGGCUUCGAUUAAAACUGCGGUGAAUUUCUUGUCGAAAACAUUAGCGCCGAGAUAAAUGCGUCGCCGAAACAACGAACUACGUGAACGCUAGUGUUACGCACAACGUAUCAGGACCAUUUCUUAUUCGUAUGUAACACGAGGGCAGAAAAAGUGGGCACUACUGCUGGAACAAAAUAGAGCCGUCCGUAAGGGACUAGCCAUCUUGGAAAGAUAUGUCGCAUCGGUCAAAACGUCAACAAUAUAGUGUGUAUUGUUCGAUACAUGCCGCCAGCUUGCUGUAACUGCGGUUUACUGCACGUCUAAUCAACGGGAGUGAAGGCGACACGGUGGCGUAUCUGACACGCGGACGUAAUCGCAGAAGAAGCCACAGCUUCGUCGAACGAUGAAUCGCACUGACGGGUUGGUACAACGACGACGUGUGGUUAACAGCAGUAGCAGUAGCAGUUUGGGUCAGGAUAGCUCGAACGAUGUUGGCCACAACGAUAAAUUGUCGGGUCAUGGCAUGGACACAGACUCUUCCAUACAAAAAGAUCAAAACUCGAAUCCCACGAUCGACGACGAUUCUGACAAAGAAACGCGAUUAACGCUCAUGGAGGAAGUUCUGUUGCUCGGCCUUAAGGACAAGGAGGGUUAUACUUCGUUUUGGAAUGACUGCAUAAGUUCUGGAUUACGUGGUUGUAUCUUAGCAGAACUGGGAUUUCGUGGUCGAGUAGAAUUAGAAAAGGCUGGUAUGCGUAAAAAAGGUCUAUUGGUGAGGAAACUUCUACUUAAAAAUGAUGCACCUACAGGAGACGUUUUGUUAGAUGAAGCCCUUAAACAUUUAAAAGAAACUGAUCCACCUGAAACUGUCCCUAGCUGGAUUGAAUAUCUCAGUGGAGAAACAUGGAACCCACUCAAAUUAAGAUACCAAUUGAAAAAUGUUAGAGAAAGAUUAGCAAAGAAUCUUGUCGAAAAGGGAGUUUUAACGACAGAAAAACAGAAUUUCUUACUCUUUGAUAUGACAACUCAUCCACUUACUGAUAACCUUGCCAAAAGCCGUCUUGUAAAAAAGAUUCAGGAAGCUGUAUUAACUCGUUGGGUCAAUGAUGCUGGUCGCAUGGAUAGGCGAACAUUAGCUUUAGUUAUCUUAGCUCAUGCAGCUGAUGUUUUAGAAAAUGCAUUUGCACCACUUUCUGACGACGAUUAUGAGGUGGCAAUGCGGCGAGUACGAACAUUAUUAGAUCUUGACUUCGAAGCAGAAGCUGCUAAACCUAAUGCCAAUCCAGUCCUUUGGGCCGUGUUUGCAGCAUUCACUAAGUAACAGUCCCUCUAUAAACCACAAGUGUAUAAAGAAAAUACUGGGUACUAGCGUGAAUACUUGGGACUAUCAAUUUUUGCAUGAAUUUUAGUUGCAAUCUGAAAUGGAAUAGCUACAAUCAUUGUUAACGAUCAUACAAUUCAGACCAAAUACCUUGAACCCGACUGUGUAAAGCAGACUUAGAAUAUUAGUAAUUUCCAUUAUUGUUAUUUAAUACAUUUGAUAGCUGAAUUAUAAAUGUUCAUAUUUAAAUAUUACAAAAAUAACAAAAUUUAAAGUGUGAAUGAGUACUUUGAGUGUGGGGUAGUGCCAUGUCAGUUAAGGAAUGAAAGAUUGCAGCACUGUGCUGAGUUUUGUCCUGUAUCUUCUCAGUAUCUAUUGUGUCGGCACAUGGACUGCAAAUAUGUUUAUAGACACGGUAUUUAUGUGGCAGACAUUUAAUGUCAGGUUAAGUGCCACAUUCCUGCAAGUGUCCGAAUGUGUAAACGAUGAAAGUAAUUCUUUGCACAGUUGUGACAAUGACGACAAUUUUUACGAUUUCUUUAGAUGUCCCCUUUAUACCAAACUGGAUUAUACUAGGUUUACUUUGAAAACUACUUUUUACGAAGAUGUUACAUAGCUUCACUAGGUGGCAGUAAAGUACUCGGAUAUCGAAAAUAUAAUUAUUUCAUGAACAUCGUUUCUAACACAUGUGUAAACCUGUCAAUGUAUCGUCAUAAUCUAUGGCCAAAUGUAACGCGGGAAUAUUUUCGUGCGGUAAACUAGUGUCGAAGUCGUUAUGUUUUUAAUUAAUCGCGAUGUGUAGAUACGUUUUCGACGAAUUCUGUUAUUAACUUAUCCCUUACAUGUUACCCUAACAUUGUAUGAUGUGAUGUGUAAGUAGAAAAAAUGCAAACUUGGGAUUUGACUGUUAUAAAUAAUGGAACAUUUUGUGAGGACAACAGAGACAGACGCGAUUAAAAGUGGAUACAAAGUUUUCAAGAUUAAUUAUUAUUUCUCUUCUAACAUAAUGGAGAGUGUAAGUAGUUAUCAGUAAUAUAUAUUUUUGUUGUUAAAUUUUCAAGUAUGUUUAGGGUGAUCAAGAAAUAUUUAAUCUUUCUUUCUUAGUCUUCGCAGUCGCGCGAGAUAAUAUGAUUUUAUUAUUUUUGAAUAGAUUUUUUUUUACGUUAAACAUUUUUUAAUAAAAUUUGAACUGUAAAAAGCUAACACGCAAUUGACAGUAGAAAAUGUAUUUUGAAAUAAUAAAAUCACAAGUCGUGCGACUGCUCAAGUAUCAGUUCUAGAGUUAGUCGUAUUUAUUUGACAGUGGCAUUUUUCAACGAUAUAAAGUACUUUAAUUAUAUUGAUUUGAAUAUGGAUUUUAUAUGAUCCCUUUUUAUUUCAAUGUUAAAUUUUCUAACCAUAUAUUUAAAACAUACAAGCGUUAUUUUAAUGCUUAAAUUGAAAGGUAACAAAAAAUUCUAUUCAUAUGUAUACCUUCUAUUAAUACAAUUUAAACUGGAGAUUUUAUAUUUUUAGAAAUAGAGUUUUACUAUUAGUUUAAUAAUCCUAUUAUCAUAGUAUUUCUUAAUUUAAAAUAACAUUUAAUCCUAAAUAUCUUUAUAUGAUUAUAUAUUUCUUGGGACAUCUUGUAUCUAUCACAUAGAAUUUUUGUAUCUAAUAACAUGAAGAUAUUUUAGUUAAUGUAUUACUUGUACUGUGAAGGGAAUCCAUAUGUAAGUUUGUAUAAUGUAUAAAAUUAUUUCUUGUUUCUAAAUUCUUGUGUAUCAAAAAAUGGUAAAUUUAUUUUUGUCUAUAUAUAUAAACUUGAAAAUAAUAAACAAGAGAUAAAGAAAUAGAUAUUCUGAAGUCCCCUACUAUUGCUGCCUUAGUAUUAUGAGAUUAUACGUAUUAUAUUGUUAUUUCAUUAUGUUCAUAUUACAAUACUAUAGUAUUGUAUAUCUUAUGUUAUAUCUAAAGUAAUAUAAAGAUUUACCAGAAGUUUAAAAAGCAUCAGCUAUUGUUAAAUUUCUUGUAAUAUGAUAAAUAAUUAAUAAACAUGAUAAUUUUAUACUUGCA